AUGGCUACACCAGUCGUUGCUCCUGGGCUUGACGCCCUUGCUACGCACUUUGGACUCUCUCUUGUCGACAGUGAUGGCAACCCAGUUACCUGCGAGGAGGCGGAGGAAGCUCAGAAAGAGGAAGAGCAAGCUGAAGAAGAUAAGGAGUCCAACGAGCCUUCUCCACCUGUCGGCUCAUUGCCCUCUUUCACGAGCAUUUACCAAGGGGAGCCUGAUAGCGAAGGUCGAAUGACAUGGUCAGCCGACGAACCAAAGAAUGUCCCGGAGGCAGCUGAGAAUGAGAAGACAAUCGGACACGCGAUCAUCAUUCGGAACGGAAAAUCUCAAGACAGCCGCAAGAAGUACGAGGUGCAUUCCCUGGUGAUCCAAAGCCCUCAUCUCAAGCGCGCUCUUUCGACAGUCUUUGAAGGGUACCCCGGCGUGUCCUGUGACCUCACCCGUCUCAUCUUCGAUGCACCUUUCAAACCUUUUGUCCACCGAUGGAGUAGAUUGAUGGCAUACAUGGAGAAGCCCGACAACGAGCCCGUGAUGAGAGAGCAUCUGCAGCUUCUGCACUCGGUCCUCAUCGCUCAACUGGGAGAGACAAUCAAAGCCCUUGAGGAUUAUGUCCAGCAUGGAAUUGUCACUUUCCAGCAUUUAUGGUGUGUAUUCGCCCCAUCUAGCGUGAUAGUUGCUCCGUCAAGCUUUCGCCAGACGGAAGCGUUGGAAGUCCGGUAUGGUGAUUAUGUCAAGACUCAGUGUGGCUUGGUGUUCUCGAUUUCUACACGGUACAUCGAUUUUGAUGGAGAAAACUUUGGCUGGGAUGCGCGGUCUGUGACGAUCUCCAAGUUCGAAGGAACGCGGGAGAUUAGCUCUCUCAGAGUCGUUCCCAUCCAGUUCUUGCCUCAAGCGGAGGUAGUUAGGGAGUCCCUAGUCCAGCGUGGGCAGACGUUUGAGUCACUGGCUGGACGGCAGUACAAGAGUUAUUCGGACUCUGCUAUCGAACUGGUAGAGGAUAGGCGAACUGGCGAUGAGAAGGAGAAGAUCAUCCACGUGAAUGGACGCAUUGUCGUCGACGCCGACUCGUGGAACACUCAUAGUCCACACGAGAGCGUUGAAAUAUCUCCGAUCCCGAGAGUCGAAGCCGCCACGAAUGACAUUGAAAGUGACGCCGACUCUUUUGACCAUGUUUCGGCCAGCGCAAGUGAGACCGACGAGGGCAAGAAGUCGUUUCAAAAGCUCACUGAUUACCAGCGACUCCUCGCUACAAGUCUCGUCCGGGGUUAUUCACUCAAGCUGAAAAAGUGGCUUAAGUUCAAGCUCGAUGCCGUUGAGGACAUCAAAUGGAGCUCCAACGCCUUCGAGAAUCUGGUACUCCCAGCACAACACAAGGAGCUGGUCCUAGCUCUCGCCCAGACCCAAGUGGGCGGUGGUAAUGCCUUCGACGACGUCAUCGCCGGCAAAGGCCGUGGUAUGAUUCUCUUGCUCACUGGCCCGCCUGGCGUGGGCAAGACGCUGACGGCCGAAUCCACCGCAGAGCACAUGCGCGUGCCGCUUUUCAUGAUGGGCGCAGGCGAUCUAGGCACCGAUGCGGACGAAGUGGAGGCGAAUCUCAACAACAUACUCACACUGGUAGCCAGUUGGAAGGCCAUCCUGCUCAUCGAUGAGUGCGAUGUGUUCCUGGAGGCUCGCAGCGUGCACGACCUGGAACGCAACAAGCUCGUCUCCAUUUUCCUCCGGCUGCUCGAGUACUAUGAAGGUAUUCUGUUCUUGACCACCAACCGGGUCUCCAACAUGGACGCUGCUUUCCAGAGCCGCAUCCACAUCACGAUCGACUACGCCGAACUGGAACCCGAGUCACGCGUUCGCAUCUGGAACAAUUUCCUGCGGGACAUCAAGUACCAGACCGAGUUCAGCAAGCGCGACGUCGAGCAGUUGAGUCACCUGGAGCUGAACGGGCGGCAGAUCAAGAACAUUUUGAAAGCCAGCCAAUUGCUGGCUGUGAGCAAGAAGGAACCCUUCAUGAAACGGCAUGUAGAUGUCAUUCUAGCAAUUGAGAAAUGGAGGCCAUCGAAUGCGUGA